UUUGAAAACGGUAAGACAGAAACAGGGGAGAAGAAUAAGAAAGGGAGAGAAAAAAGCAGAGCAGUGCCUGAAAAAUCCCAGCAACUGGAAUUUCCUGAAACUGAUUCUCUGAAUCCCUUGUUUGGGAUCAGAGGAUCAAUCUAAUUCAACAUUCUUCGUAAAAACAAAAAGCACCAAAAAGUCAUUGACAAAAAUAUAACCAAAAAGAAAAAUUCCCAUAUAGCCGUUUUUGGGUUUGUUGUCCAUUUUCUAUAGCUACAAGAAUUUGAAAGACACUCAUAGAAUUGCUUCUAGCUUCUGAAAAGCUUUCUUUUUUUUGUGGCGAAUCAAUAGGUUGCUUUUUUUUCUGGUUUUUCUUAAAUGGGUAUUGCAAGAAUUGAUGGUAAAAUGGAAGGUUGGUUGUAUCUUAUUCGUUUCAGUAAGCUUGGGUUACCAUAUUCACGCAAAAGGUACUUCAUUCUCGAAGAUAAUUUUCUCAAGAGCUUCAAAACCAAACCCAUUUCUGAUAAACAGGAGCCAGUUAGAAGUGCAAUAAUCGACUCUUACAUUCGGGUUGCAGAUGAUGGAAGGGAGAGCAUCAAUAGAAAAGUAUUCUUUCUUUUCACUCUUUAUAACACUUCAAGUCAUAAUGACCAGCUUAAGUUGGGAGCAACUAGUCCAGAAGAAGCAGCAAGAUGGAUUCAUUCUUUGCAGGAUGCUGCAUUAAAGAAGUGCGCAAAUCCUGCAAAGGAGCUCGUGGCUUUUUCCAGUAGAAAAUCGACAUCUUUAAGAUUAAGUGGUUCGAAGAGGGCAGGCAGUAGAAACUCUAUAGACUGGACUUUUCGGUCGUCUGUGCGUGUAGAUACAACGUCAUCUGACGUGAUUUCUCCUUCACCAUGGAAAAUUUUUGGUUGUCAGAAUGGACUGAGGCUUUUCAAAGAAGCGAAAGAAUGGGAUUCCCGUGGGCGGCUUUGGGAUGACCAUCCAGCAAUUAUGGCAGUAGGAGUAGUUGAUGGGACUUCAGAGGAAAUUUUCCGAACUCUUAUGUCUCUUGGUCCCUCAAGAUCCGAAUGGGACUUUUGUUUUUACAGAGGCAGUGUGGUUGAGCACCUUGAUGGUCAUACAGACAUAGUUCACGAGCUGUUACACAGUGAUUGGCUACCUUGGGGGAUGAAACGAAGAGAUUUGCUGUUGCGUCGCUAUUGGAGAAGGGAGGAAGAUGGCACAUAUGUAAUUUUAUACCAUUCUGUGUUCCACAAGAUGUGUCAUCCACAUAAAGGCUACGUCCGCGCCUGCCUUAAAAUUUGCAUGGACCUGCAAAUGAAGACAAAGGAGCUUGAUAUACAUAGUUGGGUCUACUUCUUAUCAGGCUUAAGCAUUGGGGAUUGUGAGUAUGGUGGAGGAUACGUUAUAACUCCAGUAAACCAAGGCAAAAUGUCACUUGUAAAACACAUGCUUGCUAUUGAUUGGAAAUUCUGGAAGCUAUCUAUCCGUCCAUCAUCAGCAAGAACGAUAACCAUCCGUAUGCUUGAGAAACUUGCAGCAUUGAGAGAGCUUUACAAGACUAAAAAUGGUAAUGAAUCCUCGGAAUUAUCAUGUGAAGAGUUGUCCAGAGAACUUGGAUUACCCCAGAAUGAAAUGGAGGAUAUCAAGAAUGUGGGUCAGUGCCCACAAGAAGUUAGGCAACUGGAGGGGAUAGAUGAGGUGGAAGGACCAGCUUCUAGCCAUACAAGUCUAAAGGGACUAGAUGAUACUGGAGAUGUGUUUUUCGAUGUUCCUGAACCAUCAGACUAUGAGCAGUCCGAUGGCGACUGGUCUCCAGAGCAGACAGAUCUUUCUAUGAAUAUGUACCCGUCCAAACUAUCAUCUGCUGCUGUUUUUGUGAAAAAACUUCAAGAUCUCAGAGUUCAAAAGAUGGGUUAUAUGGAUCUGCAAGAUAGUGCCAGGGAAGAAAGUAUCCCAUGCUCCUAUGGAUCAACUCUUCAGAUUGACCCAAAUUGUGAUUUACAUUGCAGUUGCUCAGCAGCUGAUCCUUCGACUUUCUUAAUACGUGGGCAAAAUUAUUUGCGAGACAACCAGAAGGUCAAGGCUAAAGAAACCUUAAUGCAACUGGUAGGUGCAGAUUGGCUACAAUCUAACAAGCGAGAAGAUGAUCUUGGUGGCCGUCCUGGUGGUAUCGUUCAGAGAUAUGCAGAACGAGGCGGACCAGAAUUCUUCUUUAUUGUCAACAUACAAUUCCCCGGAACAACUCAAUACAACAUAGCAUUGUAUUACAUGAUGAGAACUCCUCUGGAAGAAAAUCCCAUAGUAAAUAGAUUUGUCAAUGGAGAUAAUGCCUAUAGGAAUUCCAGGUUUAAGCUAAUCCCACACAUUUCUAAGGGAUCAUGGAUAGUCAAGCAGAGUGUGGGAAAGAAAGCAUGCUUGUUGGGUCAGGCACUCGAAGUACGUUAUUUCCGUGGGAAGAACUAUUUAGAGCUUGCAAUCGACGUCGGAUCUUCAACAGUGGCAAGGGGAGUGGCUAAUCUUGUUCUUGGUUACCUCACCAAUCUGAUCAUAGAGAUGGCAUUUUUGAUACAGGCCAAUACAGAAGAGGAGCUCCCUGAAAUCCUGAUUGGAACAUGUAGACUUAACCAUUUGGAUACUUCCAAAUCUGUCCUCUCAACAUUAUUUUGACACAGAAAACCAAUAAUGUUUGUGAAGGCAGAUGCCCAAAAAAAAAUGACCAUAGUCAAGGCACAAAGAUGAUGUCAUGUGUAUAGAAAUGGUUCAUCCUUUUGGAAUUUGUUUUUUCUGGUGUAUAAACAGUCACUUAUUUUCAAUCCAAUCUGAUUGAAAUUUGUCAA